UAAUAAGACAGUUAACGGACAAUAUAUGAUGACAAGCGGUUGCACGACGACGAAGAAUAAAUCAUACUGGAGCUGUCGGCGGCUGAGAGAAGUGUCUUCUGGUUGUCUGUCACCUCGUCUCCAGGUGCGUAAAUCAGCAGUAUGGUCACGGCACAGUCGGCGUUGCUGCUCGCGGUGCAUAUCUUGCUGAUCUCCGAGUUCAUCCUGGCCAAGAGGGACUUCUACGACAUACUGGGGGUGCCCAAAGAUGCCACGGACCGCCUGAUCAAAAAGGCUUUCCACAAGCUGGCCCUGAAGUACCACCCUGACCGAAACAAGGGCCCCGACGCUGAGGCCAAGUUCAGGGAGAUGGCAGAGGCAUACGAGACUCUAUCGGAUGAUAAGAGGAGGCGAGAGUAUGACCAGUUUGGCCACGGCCCGUCGCCAGGAGGAGGAGGAGGAGGAGGAGGUGGAGGAGGAGGAGGAGGAGGAGGAGGAGGCGGCGGCGGCGGCGGCAACUACAACUUCAACCAGCACUACCAGUCCUUCAACUUUGAUGACAUUUUUAAAGACGCUGACACUUUCGGUCAACAACAGCGACACCACUUUCACACCCAAAAUCAAGCCAACCAAAACAGACACUUUGACAGCCACUUCCAGGCCCACAGAGAGGCUAUGGACAGACAGAAGAGACCGUUUCAGCAGGGGGACUUCGGUGGGGGACUCUUUAAUGACAUGUUUGAGGACUUGGAGAAGAUGUUCUCCUUUAACGCGCACGGCUCCAGGCCUGACGGCAGAUUCCAUGGCUCGGGGAAGCAGCACUGCAGGACAGUGACCCAGCGGAGGGGCAACAUGGUGACCACCUUCACUGACUGCUCCUGAGAAUGGGCAGUAAACGGUGCUCUCCAGAGCACGGCCACCUGGGACACUGCAGGGUUUGUAAGUUGUGGUUUUGGAAUUGAAUGCUAAUUUAUCACUCGGAGGAAUAGAGAAUGGUGUUGCGUGGCUUUUGUAAUUUUCUCGUAUGUACUUUCCUCAGAACAAAUAUCCAAGCUGACCUGAUAAAUGGGCUGCUUCCAAGCAAUAACUCACUCACUUACUUUAUUGCUCAUAGCACAGUGCAUUAUUUAGUUUUCCAGGUUCAUUUUGUUUACUCGUGAUGGUACAAUCUAUAGACUCGGGUAUGGCCUUAGGUUAAAAGAUUAUGUGAUUUUCUUCUGAGUGCAAUACGAUUCAUCAACGCACCACAGAGGCAUUCGUUCUACAGCUAAUUGAGCCAUAUUAUUAUUAUUAUUAUUAUCAUUAUUAUUAAUGAACCUUUUGAUAAUGUAAAACCAGGCUCAUCCAAGCAUAGUGUACCCAUAACUUGCAUUUUCUCAUGGUUUUUAAUAAUUAGCUUAGGGAUUCCAAGAACAUACAGUAAAUUUAAAAAAUGUCAAUUUAUAGCACGUGCAUCAAAUGCAUGUGGAAAAUGAGCUUCACAUCCUGAGAUGUGUGUAAAUUGGCCAUUAUCAACCUUUACCUCGUUUUAGUUUCUUCCUACAGAGUUGUAUCUACCUUCCCUCAAUCGGGGUAGGAAAUGAACAUCAGUCCCAUGACGAAUGCUGGUGAACUUGAUUGUGUACUCUCUCGCAGCUGUUUUGUAACCAGUUGUUUUGAUGGUUACAAAAGCAAUCUACCAGUGAAGCUGAAUGGUCUGAGAAGUUUCCUGAACUGAUCACAAUGUGCAAUAUUUAGCACCUUUGCUCUUCAUGUUGCCUAUCUUUCAUAGACGGUGCUUUGUAAAUGUCAUUGUCUUAUGUUCGCACUUUGUGCGCGUGCGUGCGUGCGUGCGUGUGUGUGUGUGUGUGUGUGUGUGUGUGUGUGUGUGUGUGUG